AUGACGGCAAAUAAGACUCCCGAGGGCCAGUGCCCAACGAUAGUUAUUAUCAUUGACGCAGGUGAUGAAUGUGUUGAUGAAUGUGUUGAUGAAUGUGUUGAUGAAUAUAGCAAUGGUAUAAAGGAGAUUGUCCACCUUCUACCUCAGCUACAGCUUGCAGAUAUAACCACAUUCAAAUGGCGCUUCUUGAUUACUGGACGAUCAAAACCAGCUGUUCGUGAAAGUUUUACCAGCUUACAGAAAACUCAAUACCAGUACAAGGAAGUCUGCCUACAAGAUGUGAAAAGUGCAAAGGAUGAUAUUUCCAUCUUCAUACCAAGCCCUCUGUUCAUCGUCGCUUCAACAAUCUGCCGAUUUAUUGGAGAUCCAAAAUUCUUUGCUGUGGAACGUACAAAAACCAUUCUACAGUCUCAAAGAUCUGGCGACAAGCUCCUCGGAACCUACCAAACAGUCCUGCAUCAAUUCCUCCUCGACGUACCUCACGAAGACCGAGAAAAUAUUCCAAGAUUUACAGCAAAUCGUGGGCUCAAUCAUUCUUCUUCAUGA